AUGGAGAUCUUGGCUCUUGCAAGUACAAGCGGCGUCUUGCUGAUGCUUCUGCCCUGCUUCCUGCCGGCUGCCGCUGGGCACAUGGCCAUUAAAGUGCCCCUGAAAAAUUACCUAGGCCUCGGCGUGGUCCACAGAGCCAGGAGGUCGGCAGAAGAAGACACCGGGCAAGACACCAACUUCUUGGACAUGAAAGACAACCUGAGAGGGAAGUCUGGCCAAGGAUAUUACGUGGAGAUGAGGGUGGGCACUCCUCCUCAGACGCUGAACAUUUUAGUGGACACUGGCAGCAGUAACUUUGCAGUGGGUGCAGCCCCCCACCCUUUCCUGAAGAGAUACUAUCAUCGCCAGAGGUCCAGGACAUACAGGGAUGUCCGAAGAGGGGUGUACGUUCCUUACACUCAGGGAAAAUGGGAGGGCGAAUUGGGUACAGAUUUGGUUACAAUCCCACAUGGUCCCAACGUCACCAUCACAGCCAAUAUUGCAGCCAUAACCGACUCUGAUAAAUUCUUCAUCAACGGUUCCAACUGGGAGGGAAUUCUGGGACUUGCAUAUGCCGAGAUUGCAAGGCCUGAUGACACACUGGAACCAUUCUUUGACUCCCUUGUAAAGCAAACACAGGUCUCGAAUAUCUUCUCACUCCAGUUGUGUGGGACAGGCUACCCGAUAAAGGAGGGCAACGCGUCGGCUUCAGUGGGAGGAAGUAUGGUCAUCGGUGGGGUUGACUCCUCUCUGUAUGUGGGUAAUCUAUGGUACACACCAAUCAGAAAGGAGUGGUACUAUGAAGUCGUCAUUGUAAAGAUUGAAAUCAACGGACAGGAUCUCAUGAUGGACUGUAAAGAGUACAACUAUGAUAAGAGCAUCGUUGACAGUGGAACCACAAACCUCCGGCUGCCGAAACGAGUGUUCGAUGAAGCCGUAAAGGCAAUUAAAGCUGCUUCCUCGACAGAGAAAUUUCCCGAUGGAUUCUGGUUGGGAGAACAGCUGGUAUGUUGGCAGGAAGGUACAACACCAUGGAAUAUCUUUCCGGUGAUUUCUCUAUAUCUGAUGGGUGAAGCUACUAAUGAGUCUUUCCGCAUCACCAUCUUGCCACAGCAAUACCUUCGCCCUGUGGAGGAUAUCGCUACGUCUCAGGAUGACUGCUAUAAGUUUGCGGUAUCCCAGUCUUCUACUGGCACAGUUAUGGGAGCUGUCAUCAUGGAGGGCUUCUACGUUGUGUUUGACCGUGCAAGUAAACGCAUAGGAUUUGCAGUCAGCACAUGUCACGUUCAUGACUACUCCCGCCAGGCCUCUGUGGACGGUCCGUUUUAUGCAUCAGACUUGGAAGACUGUGGCUAUAACACCCCGCAGCUGGAUGAGUCGGCAUUGAUGACCACGGCCUACAUCAUGGCGGGUGUCUGUGCCCUCUUCAUGCUCCCCCUCUGUCUAAUGCUGUUCCAGUGGCGCUGCUUCCGCUGUCUAAGACGAUCACAAGAUGAUUUUGCAGACGAUAUUUCCCUGCUGAAGUAAGAAGCUACAUCUCCUCUACCUGUUGCCUCCAGGUGACCGCAAGAGAACCCGCAGCAGGGGGCUUGGUAUGAUACGGCCAUCGGUCCUGCACGGGCAGAGUCUACCAGAGAAGCCAGGACAUGAGCCAACCAAAUGAUGGAUUAUUUUUGCAGCUUUACAAAUCUCAAAUCUUUCACUUGUGAUCAAGCAUCUUCUUAUGUAACAGCGCUAAAUACCAUUAGGACGGAGGGAGUGUCGAUUAACCCAAAGCCAUAUUGAAGACUAACCGAAACUGCAUUCCCUGUUCUUCAUGCUUAUUGCUAGGUCAUGCGGGGUCCUUGGUUUGCGGGCGACGUAAUAAGUGAACAUUGUUAUUCUAAAGACAAAAGGGAAUCAUAGAAGCAAAAUUCUUUAAGGGUGGCGGGAGGUGGAGGAGGUACAAAGGCUCCAAAUCUGCACCAGCCCCAUAGCUGCAAGGUCCCAUGUAUGGCGGUUCAGUGACCGGUGUGUUGGUGGCAUCCAUACACUAGUGAAUGGUCCAUAGCAUGGCAGUGAAUGUCGGAAGUCUGUAUACCCCUCUCCAGUCCAGAAGGGCUACUUUACAUUAGGGACCAAACCUUCUUAAUUUGAUAUCCCCAAACUGAAUGUGUUUUUAUGGUUAUGACAUUCCUGUACACAGACCGCAGAUUUCUUCUUGUUGGCGAAACUGGCAGCAACUGAAGAAAGGAUAGGUCAUCCAUAGCAGAUCGGUGGCGGGUCUGACACCCAGCACCCCCACCGAUCAGACGUACGGAGCAGCCCCCAGAAAUAACAUAUUGGAUGGAACUGGAAACAGCGCCAUCCGCUGUGUAGUGGCCAUGCUGGGGUACUGUUGUGAAAGGGAACUGAGCUGCAGUACCGUGCCACAGCCACUACGCAGUAUAUGAUGCUGUCUGCCUCCGUCUGCUGAGUUAUUUCCAGUACCAGAUGCUGCUGAGAACAGCUGACCGUAGGGGUCCUUGGAGUCGUACCCCCACCGAUCUCAUAUCGAUGAGCCAUUCUAAGGAUUGGGCAUUGAUAUCUACAGCUUUUAAGGUUUUCAGCCCCAUGAAAUCUUUUGCAAUCCACUUAAAAUAGUCUACAGCAGAGGUGCUCAACCUGCGGCCCUCCGGCUGUUUUAAAACUACAACUCCCACCAUGCCCUGCUGUAGACUGUCCAGGCAUGCUGAGAGUUGUAGUUUUGCAACAGCUGGAGGGCCGCAGGUUGAGCAUCCCUGCUAUAGACUAUUUUAAGUGGAUUGCAAUAGAUUUCAUGGGGUUGAAAAACAACCUGGCCAUCCCUGGUCUAAAGCAACAAAAAGGAGUAAUAGUCCUUUUGCCAAUCCCCUGUGUGUCUGUGUCGAUGCCUCCUUUGGCGGUCUUACCAUCACUUCAUUAGUGGCAGGGAAGCAUCAGAAGGGGCUAGGUAAGGUGAAUAUAACUCCUUUAGACCAAUGUCAAUGGUUUGUAUGUAAAUUAUAUGGGGUUGGACAACCCCUUUAAGGCCAAUUAUACAUGAGCGUAAUAUGCACGUGUAUUUGUGCGCCCGUAUUACAGAGGCAAAUCCCACCUCCACCGCAGGUCUGAUCACCUGAACCAGCAGCAUCAUAGGCCCUUGUAAUGCUACUAGUCCGAGUGGUCAGAGAUUUCCAUCCAUAAUGCGGGAGCACAAAUCCACCUGCAUUACACACUUGUAAAAUUGGCCCAAGUGAAAAUUAAAAGGAAAAAAGAAAAUUAAAGAGCCCUUGUCACCUUAAAAUGACUGUUUUAGUAAAUAAUAAUUCUGCAGUAGCUACAGUAACUG